UUCUCUCUCUCUAUCUAUCUCUCUCUCUCUCUCUCUCUCUCUCUCUCCCUCUCUCUCUCGUCUUCUCUUUCUUUUUCUUAGUCCCUCGCGGGGUAUUUCCGUGGUCAUCACAGGAUGUGUUGAAACAGUACAUUACAGAGCGCGCGAUAUAAAACAUUGGGCACCAGUAAAGAUCGGUCCCACUAAAACCACUGUCCCUUUCAGAAAGGACUGCGUCUUUAGCUCUGCAACGCCACGCGACAAUCACAGAUCAGGACUCAUCACAAACUAUCAUUUUCCACUGAAUUUGUGGCAUUCCCUGAAAUAUGAGAUUGCUUCACUCUUUGGAUUAAUUUAUGUGUAGCCUUAGUUCGUUUCAAGUAUAAGCUUCUUUUCUGGUCAUGGGGUGUUUUAUGUCAUUUUUAUUAGGCUGGUGAGGGGCUUCCCUGUUAUGUAAACCGGAUACCAGGUGGAUCUAUGUUCUUAGAAGACAAAAGAGCCAGCGAAGGGAAAUCACUGGAAGUUUAAGAUCAAGGAGAAUGCAGGCGACGUGUUGGUGCGCGGUCUUUCUCCUAGCACAUGCUAUCUACCUGGUUACAAGUGCUAAUGCAUCCAUUCCAGGGAAGACAGAUCUCCUGAAAUCAGGAAGCCCCAAGUCAACACUAAAACACAUAUGGACAGGAAGCAGUAAGGACUUGUCCAUCAGUCGCCUGCUCUCACAGACUCUACAGGGCAAAGAGAAUGCCACGGCUCUUGACCUGCGGUACAACACACCAGAACCAUAUUCUGAGCAGGACCUCUGGGAUUGGCUCCGAAACUCCACAGACCUCCAGGAGUCCCGCCCCCGGGCCAAAAGGCGCCCAAUUGUCAAAACGGGAAAGUUUAAGAAAAUGUUUGGCUGGGGAGACUUCCACUCCAACAUCAAGACAGUCAAGCUAAACCUGCUCAUCACGGGCAAGAUCGUGGACCACGGGAAUGGGACGUUCAGCGUCUACUUUCGCCACAACUCCACCGGCCAGGGGAACGUCUCAGUCAGCCUGGUCCCGCCCACCAAGAUUGUGGAGUUUGACCUGUCCCAGCAGUCAGUCAUCGAUGCCAAAGAUUCAAAGUCGUUCAACUGCCGUAUUGAGUACGAGAAGGUCGACAAGGCGACCAAGAACACGCUCUGCAACUUUGACCCGUCCAAGACCUGCUACCAGGAGCAGACGCAGAGUCAUGUCUCCUGGCUCUGCUCUAAGCCCUUCAAGGUCAUUUGCAUUUACAUUGCCUUCUACAGCACUGACUACAAACUGGUGCAGAAAGUGUGUCCAGAUUACAACUACCACAGUGACACUCCUUACUUUCCAUCAGGCUGAUGUGUUAAAUUUCCAUGUGGAAUGGAGGCAGAAGGGGGACAAGUACAUACCCCUUUAAUACAUCCGCUAUUUGUACUGUCCUGAAUGUGUCCGCAAUAGAAAGAUGAUGCUGUCUAUAUUAAAGAUGAAUUGAUUAUCUGACCCAGUGAAUAUUACAAUUUGUCAUUUUCAAGCAAAAAAAGAGGUUGAACAGAAAGAGGUAAAAAGAAAAGGUAUACAAUGCAGCAAUGAAAAUUCAUUUCAUUUGAAAAUUCAAAUGAAAUUCAGACAGUAAAUGUUGAUAUAAAACAUAGUUGUCUGAUUACUAUGACCUUGUUCCAUUCUAUAUUGUCAAAGGGGUUUCUCAUAGAACAGUGGAUUGUACCUCCAGUAAUAGAAGUUGGUGUCUUGUGGAAACAAAAUGUUGCCUUUAUUAUUCUUUAUUUGUCCAUCCCAUUUUUACCUGAGAGAGGCCCAACUACAGUACGACUUGUAAUGGCUUUGGAUUCAGUGAUACACCUGUAUUUAGUUUUAAAUACUUUAAUAUUUUCAUUUGCAUACAUUUCAUCCAGACUGAAUAUGAUUGAUGUUGCCAUGGAGUACACACAAUAGUUCACCCUAGUCAUCUUCACCGAAAUGUUCUUAUCAACACUUUAAAUUCUGUCUCGAAAGGUAGUGGCAUAGCCACAGUCAUCUCCCUCUCAAUCAUAUGCCCGCCCACCCCCCAAACAUGUGAUCAGACAUAAGAUAAUGAGAUAGUUUGCUUCCCAAAGAGAAGGUGGCACAUUCAAGGCAAUGUAAGUGGCACUCCUUCCUGCAAGAGAUGUCUGCACGGUGAGCAAACCUUUCAUGAUUGGCAUGUUUUAUGAAGCCAUUUUACACAUACAGGAAUGCCUACUCUCAGGCCUUCAGUAUUUUCUUUGUAAAGUUCUGGCUUGAAGUGUGAGAUGAGGGCUAUUUUAGGCCUCAGCAGCAGGCUUUUAUUUGGGAAAUGAUCAUUUAUGAAAGGUUUACUGACUGCCACUAUGAAAAUGUAAUGAAUUAUAUAUCCUAGAGCAUAAUUUAUAUAAAUGGUUUGUAUUGUACAUAGUUGAUCCUGUCCUAAUUGAGCUGCUUCUGUUUAUGCACCAGUGUCUAUCUGUCUCCCCAGUCUCUCUCUCUCCCUCUCUCUUUCUCUCUCACGCAGUCUCUCUCACUCUCUCUCUCUCUCUCUCUCGUUCCAUUUCUGCUUGUUAUUGGUUUAUUGGUUAACAAAGGAAAGAAAUGACUCAUUCUAUCAAUGUAGCUGUGAAUUAUAUGAUCUAUGGAAAUGAUGUACAAAAGCAGUAAAACUGUCAAAUAUAUAUAAAUAUAUAAAUACCUGUCAUCUCUAUUGAUACAUUUUUUUCUGGAGGAUGGGGGGAAGAUCAAAAUGUACAUAUAAAUAAAAUCCUGAAAAACUUUUUCAGUCAAA